CGCGGGGCAACGUUACGUAAAGCUGUACGUCACAGCAGCGGGAGUGAAAAGAGCGCGCCACCUGCAGGCCGGAGGAGAAGUCCGGUUCUCCUCACACCUCCGGGACCUGCCGCCGCGUGUUUACCGGGAGGGCAGCGCGCGAGACGCUGACUUAUGCGAGGCGUGAAUUUCCGGAGUGAAAGGUCUCGUGGUUGAUUGGAGAUGCCGGUCCAGAUCCCGGACGACUCGGACUUCUCUUCGUUCAGGGAUCAGUGUCUGAGCGUGGACGGAUGGACGAGCCGCUACAACAAAAGCGGCGUGACGGUGUGGUGCCGCGAGGAGGAGAGCUGCACGGUGCAGAAGCUCAAGAUGAGGAUCAUAUGUAAAGAUGUACCAGCAGAGACGCUGUACGACGUCCUCCACGACACCAGCUACCGCAAGAAAUGGGACACCAACAUGAUCGAGACGUACGACAUCGGCAGGCUGACGGUGAACGCCGACGUCGGAUAUUACUCCUGGAAAUGUCCUGCACCUCUGAAGAACAGGGACUUUGUGACAAUGAGAUCUUGGCUCCCGCUUGGAAACGACUUCUUGAUCAUCAACUACUCCGUCAAACACCCGCAACAUCCUCCCAAGAAGGACUAUGUCCGAGCUGUUUCACUGCUGACAGGAUACCUGAUCCAGUCCAACGGAACCACUGGCUCCACCCUCUACUACCUGACCCAGGUGGACCCCAGAGGAUCUUUACCAAAGUGGGUGGUGAACCGAGUGUCUCAGUUUGUGGGUCCGAAGGCUAUGAGGAAGAUCUACAAGGCGUCCCUGAAGUACCCGGAGUGGAAGCGGAAACACAAUCCGACCCUGAAGCCGUGGAUGUUUCCGGAGCAGAACACACUGCCAUCCAUCAGCGUCUCGGAGCUGACGCUGCAGCGCGCCGACUCUCUGGAGAACAUCGACGAGAGCAGCAUUAGCCAGGAGAAGACGCCGCUCAGCGACGACGAGGAGACUUAGACGUCCACAGACUCUCAGCAGGACCGUCCAUCUCUCAUUUCCUGUUUGUUUGUUUGUUUGAGAUAAACCGAAGUUAGAGACGUGUCUGACUGGCAGUGAACGCCUCACGCUGCUUCACUUCUUGUCACUCUGAUGUUCUGGACUUCAGUUGCUAUCCACACCGUCUCUUCUGUCCAGUUUGAGGGUCUGACAGGGUCUGGAUCACAAGGUGUAAAUAGACUGUCGUUCCAGGUGUUUUGACGAUGAUUCAGUGAGGGGUUUUUCUCUUGUUCUCUCCUUUUGUUUUGAGCUGAUUGUUUCCUUCAUGAACGUUAGUGAUGAAACAAAGUUGAUUCAGUUCAGAAAUGAUUGAUUUGUUACAGAAACCUGAAACCAAUAGAUUUCCCAGGUGAGAACGUGAAGAAAAACCCGGACAACCUUUGUAGAAGCUGUUUUUACAGUUAUUGUUAAAUUGGAUGUUGAAGCUCAAUAAAGGUUCCACUGAUUCUGA